AUGGGAAUGGGAGCGGCGGGAGCGGCGGGUGCAGCGGGAGAGGGAGCGACGGGGGCCGCGGGAGAGGCGGAAGCAGUAGCAGGAAGGGCUGCUGCAGCUAUAGCCAGCUGGAGACUAAGGGCUAGUUUGGCAUUGCUGUGCUGUAAAAAUAAUCGCUGUCAAAUUUGCUGUGAGAGAAAUCAGCUGUGA